UCAAGAAUUUCCACCAGAUUUGAUCGCAUACGUUCUUGGUAUGAAGGAACUACACUGUCCCAGCUCGAACGCGACCAUUUUGAUUACGCUGGGGAAGGUUCAUGAAAAAUUAAGGAACGAAUUGUUACCAAUUAUGGUUGGUACAAUUAUGAUCGGGAAUGAGGGUCUACUUUUUGGGAAAAGUAUACCCAAAGUUGACUGUGGAAUUAUUCUUGUCAAUUUAUACACUACGUACCUUGGCCACGCGGGGAUCAAUUUUAAGGCGAUCGUGCUGGUGCGUGUGGAAACUUUUCAGCAUGAUUUUGGUUUUGACAGAAGACAUGUUCAUCAAAUUUACAUAAUGUACCAGAGAAACAAGUACAUGAUUUUUGGAUACGUGCCAUCUCCGCAGUACAAUCUGCUUCGGGUCAUGUAUUACCCCGCUGAAGCCACCCACAAAGCAUUUGAGCACAUUUGGACCACUAUGGCAGUUCGUUACAACCUUAGCAGUCUUGUGCCAGUUCCAGCCCAGCUGGCUGCAGUAUCGGCUUACUCAACGGGGAUCUUUUCUCUAAAACGUACCGAACAUGCGAUUUGCUACCUUGUCCCACUCAAAUCCAAACGUCCGCUGGAGUACGUGUUGAUAUUUCCCUUUGACCAACUCACAUGGCUUUUAAUCGCCCUUGUAGUUCUACUAACCAUGGUUCUUCUCUGGAGAUAUCCAGGGUCAUCACGUAAACUAACCGAAAUCAUCUUCGAACUGGUACAGAGUGUACUUUCUUCACCAAAUUUGCACAUCGGUUCUUCCUUCGAGCGAAACAUUCUACAAAUGUUCAUGUUUGCCGUGCUCAUUUUCGUAUCCACCUAUUUGUCGCUGAUCACGGCCUUUAUCGCGACUCCAUUUUACUACAACGAGUACGAAACUGUGGACCAGAUCAACAAAACCUGCAACGUGGCGCUAGGGUUUGUCCAAGACACAUAUAAGUUCGACUUCAACCACCAAGUCGACUUUUUGAAGGCCGUCCAGGAUAACAUUCCUGUUUGUGUACCGGUAAGCUGUAAAAUAACACAUCGUUCACAGAAAAUCUACCCUAUGGGAAAGGUUACGUUUUUCUUGUCUCAGGCAAGAUCACACCAACAACCUCUUUUGGGCGUGGUAGCAAAUGUUAAAAUCACCCAAUUGGUUCAAUUUAUUGCCUCUACAUUUGUCGAGGGUGAGCUAUAUCACUUUGAUGAAAAUGAGAAACUGUCGGAUAAGGAUGAAUCAAUCACCGAUCAGCUUAAACCGUUCAGUCUGAACGAUCUUAGAAUUGUUUGGAGAUUGACGAUCAACGGGUGGAUGCUCAGCGUUUUUGUGUUCGUGAUUGAACUGCUGAAAUUGGCCAAAGACCGUAGUCACAACCGGGACUUUCUGGGACAAGACGUUCCGGACGCAACACUAUCGCUGCCGAUCAUUAACCUCCCAACCACCCACUGA